AUGGCCGUCCCCCAAUUUGCCGGCAUGUCCGGCAAGAAGCUGUCCUGGUCGAUCUCGACCAUUGCGACCAUGGGCUUUCUACUUUUCGGUUAUGACCAGGGUGUCAUGAGUGGUAUCAUCAGUGCCACACCCUUCAAUGAUGUCUUCACUGCCACCAAGGACAACACUACCAUGCAGGGAACUGUUACCGCUAUUUAUGAAAUUGGUUGUCUUUUUGGUGCCAUGUUCAUUCUCUGGUUUGGUGACUGGCUUGGUCGUCGUAAAUCCGUUAUGCUGGGUGCUUCCAUUAUGAUUUUGGGUGUUGUUAUCCAGGUCACUUCAUAUCCUGGACACGUUCCCCUUGCCCAGUUCAUUGUUGGGCGUGUCGUCACUGGUGUUGGCAACGGUAUCAACACCUCUACCAUUCCCACUUACCAAGCAGAGUGCUCCCGGACUACCAACCGUGGUCUGUUGAUCUGUAUCGAAGGUGGUGUCAUUGCCUUCGGAACCCUUAUCGCCUACUGGAUCGAUUUCGGUGCUUCAUACGGCUCUGAUGAUCUCUCUUGGCGGUUUCCAAUCGCUUUCCAAAUCUUCUUCGGUCUGAUUAUCAUCGUCGGCAUGAUGUUCCUGCCGGAGUCACCUAGAUGGCUUUUCGUCAGGGAGAGAUAUGAAGAAGGUGAAAGCGUUAUCGCAGCUCUUCUUGAUGACGAGAUCAACAGCCAUGCUGUUCAGCUGCAAAAGACACUUGUUUUGGACUCAAUCCGAGCUUCUGGCCAGUCAGGAAAGUCUACUCCUAUGUCUGCUGUCUUCACCGGUGGAAAGACCCAACAUUUCCGCCGUAUGUUGCUGGGUGCUUCUUCACAGUUCAUGCAGCAGAUUGGUGGUUGCAAUGCUGUCAUUUACUACUUCCCUAUUCUUUUCGAAACCUCCAUCCAUGAAGACCACACUAUGUCCAUGCUUUUGGGUGGAGUGAACAUGAUUGUUUACUCCAUCUUUGCCACUUUCUCAUGGUUUUUGAUCGAGCGUGUCGGAAGACGCAAGCUCUUCUUGUGGGGAACCGUUGGCCAAGGAUUGUCCAUGGUGCUUACUUUUGCUUGCUUGAUUCCCGGAACCCCGUCUGCUGCAAAGGGUGCUGCUGUCGGUCUGUUCACAUACAUUGCCAGCUUCGGCGCCACUUGGUUGCCUUUGCCAUGGCUCUACCCAGCUGAGAUAUCUCCUAUCAAGACCCGUGCUAAGGCCAACGCUUUGUCAACUUGCACCAAUUGGUUGUUCAACUUCCUCAUUGUUAUGGUUACGCCCAUUAUGAUUUCAGGUAUCAGCUGGGGAACUUAUCUUUUCUUUGCUGUCGUCAACGCCUGUUUCAUACCAGUUAUCUACUUUUUCUACCCAGAGACAGCGGGCCGAUCUCUCGAGGAAAUUGAUAUCAUCUUCGCCAAGGGUUACGCUGAGAAUAUCAGCUAUGUGAAGGCUGCCCAGGACCUUCCCUUCCUUUCUGACGAGGACGUUGAGCGUGUUGCCAUCCAGUAUGGCUUCGGUCCACCGGACGCUCAGGGCAAAUCAUCAGGUAGCGAAGACAAUGCCGACUUCGAAGCUGAUCGACUUGAAGAUCACGCCAACAAGGAUGCUGAGAAGGGCUCGUGGAGCCAGACAAACUAG